GACAAUGCUUGCUGGAAUUCAAGGCGGCGAGAUAAUUUGGAAGAUAUCAGUAAGCACGAUGAGCUGCAAAAAUGUGGUUUCAUUUAUUGUAGGUGGUAACGCUUUCCUUGUUUUCACUGAAUUCAUUGAUUGUAUUCGAAUCUACUGUACUUCUGUUCCUAGUGCAAGUAUUUCACAAUCACUGUGUAGAGGCAUCUUGCGUCAAAUAAGAGCCCAAAUUGAGCGGUUCUUUUUGGAGAGUAGUAGCCUUCCAAUCAUAAUUACAUUCGCUUGUCCUUGCUCCAAGUCCCUUCAUUUUUUACCUUCUGUGCCGGCUAACUCGCAUGAUAAAGUGAUUUGUACUGAGUACCCAGGAUAUGUUUUUGAACCUUGUGAAAGUCAUCUGAAGUGGCUACAAAAGAAAAUUGCUUCAGACAGAGAUGCUGAAGAACAGCUCAAAAUUGCCCUGAAAGAAGGAGGAGUGGACGUACUUGUAUCAACAGUGCUUUUUGUGGGAUCUAACUUUUCUGAUCAGAUUGUAAUGGAAUCUGGUUCGACAUGUAUUUCCAGGUUUUUCAUUCUGGAAGACAACAACUUAAAAUUGUUACAAUCUGAAACUGUAGAAGCAUUUUUAGCGAAUAACGCAGCCGAGUUAAAGCAAAAGUUUCCGUUAUCAGCUAGUGAUCAAGAUCAAGAUAGUUUACCUGAUCCACCCAAGACAGAAGCCUCUGCAAAUGAUUUGUCAGAAUCGAAGGAUAACUUGCCCAAGGCUGAAACGUCAGCAAAUGAUUUAUCAGAAUCGAAAGAUUUCUUGCCACACGAACAACACAGUCCACUUAUAGCUUAUGCUGUCAAUGAACCACAGCAAAAUGCUGGAAAUGAUGAACGGCGUAUUACGAAACAUAUGCCACUCGACCCAAGUGAGGAACAUAGCUCACCUGUUAUUGAUUCGAUGCAUAUCCCGACUGAUCAGCUAACAGACAAUAAAAGCCGCAUAGUCACAUUAAUGCAAGGUGCUAGUGAUGAGCUACAAAGUCUCCAUUUAAUUCAUGCAGUGGAGUGUAAGCAUUCUCUUAUCUUAAGCAUUUUACCGUUGCUUACUCCGCAACUAUCAUCUUUCGGUAUUCUUGAUGUUCAGUUCAGAGCGGAGAUGCUUGAACAUUUCCCAGAUAUUUCUGAAAAAUGGAUAGUAAUGGCUCCAUUAUUGAUGAGUAAAAUUUCACAAAAUAAAAUUGAUCUUGUAGAAAACAGGCAUACAUUUGCUUCGGAUUUCUCUGGUGAAGUUAAUCAAGAAGAAGUUUUUAAAGUUUUGGGGACUUUGCGGAGCAUAAACAAAGAACAGAUUCCUUAUUCUUGGUUUUAUCUCUGGAAUUCUGUUAAAAACACACUUCAACUAAACAAUUCAAAAGUGAUUACUCUUGAUAAGGUUAUUCACAUUUCAGAUACUUGUGGUAUCCAGCCUGGUCAGCAGCUAAAGGACGCUCUUGCAUAUCUACAUAAAUCUAAUCUACUAAUCUACUUUAGUGAUAUUCUUCCCAACUUUAUUUUUGAAGACGUCUCCUUGCUAAUGUCUUUAUUGAUCUCUUUAAUCGGAAACAUUAGAAGUACUGGACUGCUUACAUACGCUAACUUUUAUGAUGUUCAAGGUGUUUAUGACAGUGCUUUUACACAUGAUAAUGCUAUAAAGCUACUCAAAGGGUUAUGCUUACUCUCUCAAAUUAGCUCGCAUCAGUUCUUAAUGCCGUGUGUUCUCAUAACACUUUUAAGCCCUCAAGAUUUGAGUAACUAUUGCAAAGAACCCAGGGACUCUUGUCUUGUAGUUCAACACCCAAUGGCUACCAACGUUUUUGGAUUCUUAAUCUGCUUCGUAACGUCUCAAGAAAACAGUGACUUCUGGCCAUGGAGAAUACGCACAGAUCUCAAUAAGGGAGAUCCGGUUUGUGUAUAUAAAAAUUGUGCACAAUUUUCUCUGCCUGGGUAUGAUUGUACAAUAACACUAUUUGCAUAUAGCUCUAGUAUUAAGAUAUAUACCGAGUACAAGGAUUAUCAACCACCUUUAUCUCUGAUCAAGACGACUGUGAUUCUUGGGAUUGAAAAAGCAUGCGAAAGUUAUCAUUACGCAAUGAAACCGUUGACUUGUGAUAUUGGCUUUACUUGCACUUGUGGCUCCACAGACAUAGAACAUAACAUGAUUUGGUGUGAACAAAGUUGGAUAUGUUCUUUCAACCCAGAGCAAUCUUUUAAGCUUUCACAAUCACAACAACGCUGGUUUGAUGAAGGUAUCUCUUCAGAUGAUGAUUCCAUAACAGUAAACAGCCUUUUUAGAAAGUUCUUAGCUCGAUAUGAAGUAUGGUAUAAAGUGGGAAUGGAACUUGGUCUUGACACUCCAACACUAUCACAAAUAUCAUUGAGGUACCAGAAGAACCCGAGUCUUGCCUUAAUGGAAGCUGUCAGACAGUGGUUCAAGAAAACUGAUAAUCCAUCUCUUGACCUAGCCUCCUUCACUGCACUCUAUGAGGAAGUGCGGCCUGGGAUCGAGGCUACUCUUGACCGUGAACAAGUGUAUCAACUAAAACUCCCAGCAGGACAUAAGAUUCGAGACUAUCAACAAGAGCUUGCUGAGCCUGGGAUUAGGGGUGAGAAUUACAUCUUUGUAGCUCCAACUGGUAGUGGGAAAACACUUGUAACAGCAAUUAUAAUUACGGAGCAUCUGAAAAAGGUACAAGCAUCAGGUGAUAUGGCCAAAGUGAUUUUCUUGGUCAACACAAGGCCACUAGCCGAUCAACAAUAUGCAACUCUGCAAUCAUAUAUCCACGGGGCUCAUGUAGAAUGCAUUGUGGGGGAUAGUAUCGGCACAAUAAAAGAUGCACUUAUCCAAUGUGAAAUUGUGGUUUGUACUGUCGGGAAAUUUUUCGAUGAGCUAAAUCGCGACAUGGUCAGAUUAGCUUUACUAUCAGAAACUCAAACCAAAAUUACCCUAGUCAUAAUGGAUGAGUGUCACCAUGCACGGAAGUCAUCAUUACAAGCACAGCUUAUGUUCCACUACAUUCGUCGCAAGCUCGAAGAUCCUUCGGCACAGCUGCCUCAAAUUGUUGGUCUUACAGCUUCACCUGGUGCAGGUGAUAAUCCAAACUUAGACACGACAAAAACAAUUGACCAUUUAGUCAACCUCUGUGCUUUAUUAGAUGCCACAUCUGGAAUAGUCACUGUUCAACAGAAUGUGGCCAAUUUGGAACGGUUUGUUAGGAAACCAACACUUAGCCGAGAAAUUGUUUCGAAUCGAAGUCAAAGCGAAACAUUUGUGUGCUUGAUCAAAGAAGAAAUGGUUAAGCUUGAGCAACAUACACCUUUAAAGACUUCGUUUCCCAAAUGGUCUCAGAAUUACGAAACUGUCGCUUGUGAAGCCAAGCAGCCACUAGAACUUAGCAAUAAUCCAAUGUUCAGGGAUAAGAUUUCUACCCUCAGACUACUGGUUUGCUAUUGCCAAGCUCUGAACAUCUAUAUGGACUUAAGACAAGAAGAUGCCAUCAAGGUUCUAGAAGAUUUCACGGACCUACCCGAUGAGGACCACAAUUCAACAAAGCAUGAGCAAACAUUAAAGAUAGGACUCCACACCCUGAAAUCUAAGCUGAAUACACUCCAGUCUGUUGAGAAUCCGCUCCUACAAAGAGCUAAAGAAUGCAUCAAUGAACAAUUUCAGAACAACCUGAAAUCACGUGGAGUAUUCUUUGUACAUAAAAAAACGUCAUGCUUAUGCUGUUUGCGAAUGGCUGCAGAGCCUCCAGUAUAG